GGGGCUUCUCGGGAGGAGCAAACAAUUUGGAAGGAGAAAUAUGAAACAGUACAGGAUCUAAUCACUAAAUGUCAGGGCCAAGAUGCUUGAGAGGGCCUGGCUCCUGCGAUGGUGGCUGACGGCGGCUUUCUUCUGGACGCCGAUCCACGGCUGCCCGGAGCCCUGCGCCUGCGUGGACAAGUACGCCCAGCAGUUCGCUGACUGCGCUUACAAGGACCUGGAGGCUGUGCCGGCGGGGCUCCCGUCCAACGUGACCACGCUGACCCUGUCGGCCAACAAGAUCGCUGCGCUGCGCAAGGGCUCCUUCGCGGAGGUGACGCAGGUCACCUCGCUGUGGCUGGCACACAACAAGAUCGGCGCCAUCGAAGAGGGCACCUUGGCCAUCCUGGUGCAGCUGAAGAACCUGGACGUCAGCCACAACCAGAUCGUGAACUUCCCUUGGGGGGACCUGUACAACCUCAGCGCCCUCCAGCUCCUCAAGAUGAACAACAACCGCAUGGCCCACCUGCCCGCACAGGCCUUCCGUACCCUGCGUGACCUCCGCUCUCUCCGCAUCAACAACAACCGCUUCGCCACCGUGGCCGAGGGCACCUUCGAGCCGCUCACCUCCCUCUCCCACUUGCAGAUCUACAACAACCCCUUCAACUGCACCUGCCAGCUCAUGUGGCUGAAAAACUGGACAGAGAACACCUUGAUCGCCAUCCAGGAGAGAGACUCCAUCAGCUGCACCUCUCCGGAACCCUGGAAGGGGCUCCCCUUGGCUAAGAUCCCCUACAUGCAUUGUGCGCCCCCUACCGUUCAGUUGACCUACCACCCCAACCUGGACCACACCCAGCUCUACUACGGGUUCGCCCUCACCUUGCAUUGCAUCGCCCUGGGUCUCCCCCAGCCGGAGAUCAGCUGGAGAAUCCAGACCUCCAGCAAAACGUUGGAGCUCAAAGCGUCGUCGGAAACGGAAGGCAACCAUCUGCCCUCGGAGAGCACCAGCCCAGGAGGAGUCCAGGAGAGGUUCCAGGCCUUUAGCAACGGCACCUUGGUGAUCCCCCACCUCAGCAAGAAAGAGGAAGGCACCUACACCUGCUUGGCCGCCAACGAGAUGGGCACGAACCAGACCUCGGUCAACGUGACGGUGGCGGACUCCCCGAAGGACCCCACCGGCCCACUGGCCAACUCCAAAGCCCUGACUGGAGAUCGGAAACCUGAGGGCAAGGCCUCCAAGAACAACGUCAUGAAGCCCGAGGAGAGGACCAAGGCCUUCCUGAUGAGACCCACGCCCAGAAAUUACUACACGCCGGGCCCCAGGAAUGUCAGCCGCGGGGAGGGCGCACCUUUCCAGCCUCCCCGCUUCGGGAAGAAGUGUGGCUCCAGCGAGGCCACCCAGUACGUCUCCAACCACGCCUUCAACCAGAGCGGAGACCUCAAGCCCCACAACUUUGACCUGGGUGUUAUCGCCCUGGAUGUCUCCGAGCGGGAGGCCAGAGUGCAGAUCACCCCUUUGUAUACCCAGCCCGAGAAGGUCCACCUGAGGAGGCUUUACCUGUGCGAGGCGAGCAGGAAGGGCCACUCCCCGGUGCAGUGGUCUCAGAUCGAGGAAGGGGUGAACUCCUAUUGGUUCCAAGGCCUCAACCCCGGCACCAACUACUCGGUCUGCAUGACUUACGUCGGGGAGGAUUGCCAAGUGCAGGUGGUCUUCACCACCAAGAAGGAGAUCCCCUCGCUCAUCAUCAUCGUGGUGGUGAGCAUCUUCCUCCUGGGCCUGGCCACCAUCCCUUUGAUGGGUGCCACCUGUUGUCACCUCCUCUCCAAGUACCAAGGCAAGACCUACAAGCUCAUCAUGAAAACCCAGAAUCCGGAUCAGAUGGAGAAGCAUAUGGCCGCAGACUUCGACCCCAGGGCUUCUUACCUGGAGUCAGAGAAGAAUUACGACCCAAGUGAGGAGGGGGAAGGGGAAGGAGAGGAGGAGGGGGAGGGAGAGGAGAGGGCGGCGGUGGGAGGGCCGCUGGGAAGAGACGAGAGCAUGGCGGUGAGUUCCAUCCCCGAAUCUCAAUCCAAAACCAACCAGGAGGAGUUUGAAGUGGGCUCCGAAUACAGCGACCGGCUCCCCUUAGGAGCCGAGGCUGUGACCAUCUCCCAAGAGAUCAACGGCAACUACAAGCAACCGCCUCGUUGAGUCUUCCUUGGGCAGUUCCCGGAGCUCCGAGGCACGAAGGCCUUGCAGAUAUCUAAGGAAACGCGACAAUUUAAUUGGGGCUCCGGCAUCGCCGGCUGAUCAGCUACAGUCUUCUGAAGGGGCUACUGCAAUGGGGGAAGGGACGUCUCCAACGCGUCUGCUGGCUUUGUUAAGGGGUUGUUUUAGGAGGGUUCCCCCUCCCCCCAUUAGAAGUGUCCCAGAUAUUCGGAUAAAAGGAAUAGAACGGUUUGGGGCAAUAUAAGCGGGAGAAAUUCGUUUCUCCCGACUUGAAAACUCUCUGUUUGAUCUGUUCCAAACUAAAGUGGCUAGGCUGCCCUCGUUCCCCUUCCCCCGCCAACCCUCUUUCGAAAUGCACGUCUCGCCCUCUCCGCAUUUUCGUUGAAUUAAUUUAUUUUCUGAAAAUUGGAAUCUAAAAUGGCUUAUAAAGACUAUUUUAAAAAGAAAAGAUUUUUUUCUUUAAUGCCUUACAGUCGUUGGCUGCAGUCUGCGGGCUGGAGACUCUGCGUUUCAGAAGGGCGUGUCAAUUUCAGUUCAGGAGGCCGGUUGUGCUGGACAGCUCCCCAUGCCCCGUUUCCCUGCCAUGCAAGUAGACGCUGCCUUUUCUCUCCCCCGCCCCCCAAAGGUGUGAGGAGGAGGUUGUUGUAAGGAGGUAACUGAAGUCAGGCUAAGUGCCAGGCAGUCCAGAUCCCAAGAUUGUCCAACCGGCUUGCCAGGAUCACCUGUGCCCCAUACCGUGUUAAUAAAUGGAGCCGUGCUGUAGAUAAUGUGUGUUAUGUCCGUGUGUGACUUUUGGACCUCUAGGUGGGCGCGUUCAGUUGAGUCACAAGGCUGUGAGGCCGAAGAGUGCCCAGCGGGUGGUCUUUCUUGCCCCCUUUCUUUUCUCCAGCCCUCGUUUGAGGCAUGUCACUCAAGAAGAUCAGUAUUUGCUCAAUGUUUAUUCAGUAGGGUAGUUUUGCUUAGAGACACGUAUUUGCCCUUGAUGUGAUUCUGUGAUGUUCAAAGGCAAAAACGAGGGAAGAUCUUGGUGGUUUUUCUUUCUUUCUGUGUUGACUUGAGAGUGGAAACCGUUUAAAUAUCUUUGCAUUGGGUGCAGGUGUGCUUUGCUUUGAGUGAUCGUUAUGAUCUUUGUCUCUGUUGAGUAAAAAGAGAUGCAACAUCAAAUAAAAUUAAAAAUAAAGAAAUAAGCCCAAACAAGAAGUCAGCACAAUUUUCUCCAGGGCGGAGAGAAAAAUGAUGAUAUUAAUACUAUAUGAUUGUUAAUUAUUGUCAAAGGCAACCUUUGAAAGG